AUGCCGUUCGGUGCUGAUCUCGAUGCCUACCACUCGGGCGCCAAGGGCAACGCGCCCCUUGCCCUCGUCGAGAAGAAGGAGAAGGCCUUCCUUGGCAUCACGCUCGGUGAGGUCAAGCUGCUCUCCAUCGCCGGUGUCGGUUUUAUGAUGGACGCGUACGACCUGUUCAUCAUUAACAUGAUGUACGCCGUCAUCCUGCUUGCCUACUUCCCCGACCCCUCCAAGGGUGCCCACCACUUCAAGAGCAACGUCGACUGGGGUCUGAACGGCGGUGUCUUGAAGGCGUCCGCCAACAUUGGUAACGUCAUCGGACAGGUCGCCUUCGGUCUCCUCGGCGACUCGUUCGGUCGCUCGGCCGUCUACGGCAAAGAGCUUAUCAUCGUCAUCGUUGCCAUUAUUAUCAUGAUCUCUGCCCCCAACUACCUCGGCCCCGACGGUGUCACCAAGUGGAUCUUCGGCUGGCGUCUCGUCAUGGGUAUCGGCAUUGGCGGUGACUACCCCAUGUCCGCUGCCGUCGUCUCCGACCGUGCCCACCUUAAGAAGCGUGGCUUUCUACUCUCAUGGAUCUUCUCUAACCAGGGCUGGGGUAACCUUGUUGGUGCCGUCGUUGCCGUCGUCGUUAUUGCUGCUUACCGUGGCCCCGUCGUCGCUGGUGACUACGCCCGCCUGACUGGUGCGUGGCGCGUCAUGCAGGGUCUCGCUCUCGUCCCUGCAUUUGCCGUACUCUACUUCCGCCUCACUCUGGUCGAGUCGACGCGUUUCACCCAGGCUCGUCGCAUCCAGGAUGACCCUGAGAUCCUCGCUCAGCAGGGCAUGGUCGCCGCCCCGGUCGACUCGGACGAUGACCUGAACAAGAAGCCCACUGACGGCGACGCCAGCGAUGUUUCGUCUAUGGAGAACCAGGCAGUUGGCCUCAAGUUUACCACCAUCGGCAAGAAGGCGCACAACGAGUUUAUUGAGUACUUUUCCGAGUGGCGGCACCUUAAGAUCCUCAUUGGUACUUCUCUUGCAUGGUUCCUGGUCGACAUCACCUUCUACGGCAUCAACCUUAACACCUCCACGAUUCUUUCUGCCAUCGGCUUCACCAAUGGUGCCGCCACGCCCGAGGGCCAGUGGUCCAAGUUGAUGAGGACCGCGACCGGCAACCUGAUCAUCACCGUAGCUGGUUUCUUGCCGGGGUACUUCUUCACCAUGGCGACAAUCGAGCGCAUUGGCCGCAAACCGAUCCAGCUCGUCGGCUUCCUGCUCAACGCGCUCUUCCUUGGUAUUCUCGCUGGCACGUUCCACUGGCUCAAGAAGGAUACCGCUGGCUUCUUCGUGGUCUUCGUCUUCCUCCAGCUCUUCUUCAACUUCGGCCCCAACGCCACGACGUUCAUCAUCCCCGCCGAGGCUUUCCCAACGCGUGUCCGUGCCGGUGCACACGGUAUUUCCGCCGCCUGCGGCAAGUGCGGUGCCAUCCUCGCCUCGCUCGGUUUCAGCGCCAUCGCUAGCCAGAUCGGCGGCGACCGAGGCACUGAAGUCGACUUCUGGAUCUUCGUCGGCAUCUCGAUUCUCGGCGCCAUCGUCACGUACUUCCUUGUGCCCGAGACCAAGGGGCGCGAUGCUGACCUGAUCGACCGCGAGGAGCUCGCCGCCAAGGCGGACAUGGGCCCGGCGGCAUAA